AUGCGCAUAGACGAAGGCUUUCAGCAGCCUCCGUAUCCCACCGAGCACCCGUACACAGCGGACCCAAUCUUACCGGGUCUUUUGAAACGCCUCUUACCUGAAACUGUUCGCAACACGCUCGAAACGGAUCUCAUACGCCUCGGAGAUGUGUUGACAGAAGAUAUUCGCCCCCUUGCACCACUCGUGCAACCCGCCACCCUUACCCAGUAUGAUGAGCUCGGACAGCGCGUUGACCAACUCCAUACUUCUGAAGGUUGGCGAAAGAUAGAAGAAUUUGCGAUCAAGGAAGGCUAUAACGCAGUGGCUUACGAGCGCGAAUAUGGGGAGCACAGUCGCACCUUCCAAUUCGCGCGGACAUUGAUCAUAACCGGCGAUGGUCAUGUUAUAAUGUGCCCCAUGGGGAUGACGGAUGGUGCCACCAGAUUGAUGGAACUUUACGGAACGGAGUCGAUGAAGUCCGAUGUGCUUCCAAGGCUCCUGAGCCGCGACCCCACCACGGCCUACCUGUCCGGGCAGUGGAUGACGGAGCGCCCUGGCGGGUCGGACCUCUCGCGCACCGAGACGUACGCCACACCCACAGGGCGCAUCCCCUCCGACCUCGGCCCGCCGUACAUUCUUGACGGCUUCAAGUGGUUCUCCAGCGCAGCCGAGGGGCACAUGGCCGUCGCGCUCGCGCGCACCGGCGACCCCUCCUCCGGCACCCGCCGCCUCUCACUCUUCCUCGUGCCCCUGCGCAUCGCCCCAUACACCUCCCCACUUAGCAAUGGGGUCCUCAUCCACCGCCUCAAGAACAAGGUCGGCACGCAUGGGGUGCCCACCGCGGAGCUCGAGCUGCGCGGCACGCGUGCGUGGCUCAUCGGGCCUGAAGGCGCUGGGGUGAAGACGAUCGCGUCGAUGCUGAACGUCACGCGCGUGCACUCCGCAGUGCACUCCGUCGGAAGCCUGCAGCGCUGUCUCGCGCUCGCCCGUGCGUAUGCGGGCGUGCGCGCCGUGCAGGGCGGGAAGGCGUUAUUGAAGGAUGUACCGCUGCACGUUGCGGGGCUCGCGGAUAUCGCGCUGACAUACCGCGGGCUUGUGCAUGUCGUUUUUGGAGCGGUUGCGCUACUCGGGAAGAGCGAGUGCGGGACGGCGAGCAGCGGGGAGGAGGCGCGGCUGAGGCUGUUGACGCCAACGAUCAAGGCGUACGCGGCGCAAAAGGCGUCGGGCGGAAUGGAGGAGGCGAUGGGUGCGAUGGGCGGCUUGGGGUAUAUGGAGGAAACUGGUAUCGGUCGGUGA